GCACCAGUGUCUGUAUGGGGCACCGAUGACCAAGCUCAGAAGUGUCGCGACAUGUGCUCAAGGGUUAGGUGCGCACCGGCCAACAAAUCUGAAUGUGACAAGGUACAUGGUGAAUUUCUGGAUUACGCACCAUCACUAUGUCGGUGUUGCUCCCAGUGCAAGGUCACAUUAGAUGAUGGUGAUAAUUGCACUAAGGUAUUUGGAGUAAACAAAGUGUGCAAACAGGGACUGGUCUACUGCGACCACAUCUCUAUGGAGGGUAUGGUGGCUAUGGAUAUGGUAACCGGGAAUGUGAUCGUGGAUAUGACCAUGGUCAUGACCGUGAUCACCACGAGCAUCAUGAUGAUCAUGAUAGAGAGCCUAUUGUAA